AUGAAUAGUAUUGAGGAUUUCAAGAGUAUAGUACUGGCGUUUAAGUGCGAGUCAACAGAAGAAACUAAAAUAGUACAAAAAUCCACGUAUAAGGUCACCAAAACCAACAAGAAAUCGAAUCGAAAAGAGAUCAAAAUCUCCAAACAGAUCGAUACCAUAAAUCUACCAGAUUUAGCACGUUCUUUAGAUUCAAAUUUAAAAGUUUUAUUUAUAGGAUAUAACCCUGGUGUUCAGUCAUCAAUACAACAACAUCAUUAUGCUCAUCACUCUAAUUUAUAUUGGAAAUUAUUUAGACAAUCAAAAUUACUUGAAAAAAUCGUGGAACUAGAAGAACUGAAAGAUCCAAACAUUUUUGAAGAUGAUUUAAAUUUAAAAACUCUUUUAGAAAAUGGAUGUACUGCAAAAGAUGAUUUUGAUAUAAUAAAAUAUAAAAUUGGAUUUUCAGAUUUAUGUUCAAGAUGUACUAAAAGAGCAGAUGAAUUAACAUCACAUGAAAAAUUUGAUAAUGUUAAACGACUAAUUGGAGAAAUUUAUGAAACUAAUACCAACACAGUAGUUUUAAUAGGGAAAGGAAUAUGGGAAACAUUUAUUAAAUUUUAUAGUUUAGAAUUAAAUAUAAAAUUUAAAUUAACAAAAGAUAAUUUUCAAUGGGGUGAAGUUAUGAUUGGAAAUGAUAAUGUUUAUAAUAAAUUAAUUAAUCAUAUUCAAUCUUUAAUACCUUCUAAUACUAAGAUACAUGUAUUUCCUAGUACUUCAGGGUUAGUUGCUGGUAUCACAUUUGCAGAAAAAUUAAGACUUUGGGAAACUAUGGUUGAUAGAAUUUAG